CAAGCUGGGCAAGUGCCCAAAUUAAUCUUAAUUUUUAGCUUUUACCUAAGGCUAUGACCGCUAAGCCUGAGGCCCUGGCGCUGGUUUCCCGGAGUAGUUUUCGUGACUGACCUGCCCUUUUUUGACCUAGUGAUGUGCUUUCCUAUGCAGAGCGUGAAAUUCUGGAUAUGCCCGUCUAGAAGCUGCAGGAGCUGCUUUUAUCUUGCGAAUUGUUUGGAUACUCAAAGAAGAUUAUUUGAAGACUGCUUUUGGAUGGAAUGGAUCCCAGUAGUGACUACCAUUUCCUCAAUCAGAUUUUGUGGAGAAGGGUGAAACUCACAUUGGUUUGUGGCGUCUUUGAGGGAGUGCUCCAGCAUGUGGACCCUAACAAGAUUGUUGUCCUAAAAAAAGUGAAGAAUGUGGAGACUGGUCGAAGUAUCCCUGGAGUGAAGAUGUUUUUUGGGCAUGAGAUUGUGAAUGUGGAACUACUGGAUGAAGUGGAACAAGGUUCAGUGAGAGAAAAGACGUCUGUUAGUCCAAAUACAGGAAGAACCAGGAUAGAUAAAAUGAAAGAUGCAGAACUAAAUGCAUGUGAACUUUCAUCAUCUGGUCCUGAGGCACCAGUCACCUCUCUACUGAAUGACCUCAAGUACAGCCCAUCGGAGGAAGAAGAGGUGACAUACACAGUUAUUGAUCAGUUCCAGCAAAAGUUUGGGGCUGCAAUGCUCCACAUCAAAAAGCAGAGUGUCCUAAGUGUGGCAGCAGAAGGAGUUAAUGUGUGUCGUCAUGGGAAACUAUGUUGGCUCCAGGUGGCUACAAAUAGCCGAGUUUACUUAUUUGACAUUUUCCUUUUGGGAAGUCGUGCUUUCAACAAUGGACUUCAGAUGGUAUUAGAAGACAAGAGAAUUUUGAAGGUUAUCCAUGAUUGCCGUUGGCUUUCUGACUGCCUCUCUCAUCAGUAUGGAAUUUUGCUGAAUAAUGUCUUUGACACACAGGUAGCAGAUGUCCUUCAAUUUUCCAUGGAAACAGGUGGCUUUCUUCCGAACUGCAUUAGUACCUUGCAGGAGAGUUUAAUCAGGCACCUCAAAGUAGCCCCUAAAUAUCUCUCUUUUCUGGAAGAGAGACAAAAACUAAUUCGGGAAAAUCCAGAAGUGUGGUUCACAAGACCUCUUUCACCCUAUUUGUUGAAAAUUUUAGCUUUGGAAGCCACCUACUUGCUACCCCUUCGCUUAAUACUCCUGGAUGAGAUGAUGUCUGACCUCACUACACUGGUAGAUGGGUACUUGAAUACCUACCGAGAAGGAUCAGCAGACCGUCUGGGAGGCACAGAGCCUGCAUGUAUGGAUCUUCCAGAGGAACUGCUUCAAAUCACAAACUUCCAGAAGCAGCGUAGAGAGCGAGCUGCCAAAGAAUACAGGAUGAAUGCACAGGGACUCCUAAUAAGGACAGUGCUAGAUCAAAAAAAACCAGUGACAGAGACAGCAGAGAAAGAGGGAAGAGUAAGAGGUUUCUCACUUGGUAAAAAUUCUAGGCUACACAAAGCGCCAAAUUUUACCUGUCAUGGGGAUAUAAAUUUGCUGAAAGAGGAAUCUAUGAGUAAAACAACGGCACCUCAACAUCUACCUCCCAUGGAGGAAGGAGAAGCCAGUGAGGUCUCCGGAAACAAACUCAUUUGCCUGGAGUCAAAGGGGUUGGAAGAAGAGAGAACAACUCAAAAAGAGCAACUUCAGGUACCAAAUCAUAAGUUUGAAACAAAUUUAUCUUUAAAAGAGGAGAUAGAACAGUUGCUGACGGUAGAAAACAAGGAAGAUUUCAAAUGCGUAAUACAAGAUGAUUCAUUGUCUCCUUCCCUUCCUCAGGAAACUGGAGUGUCGCCAAGUGACACCUUUCAUACUUUUAGAAAAGCUGUGCUUUCCACACUUCCUCCUUGUCCAGCUUUGGAGAAGACUGAUUCCUGGUAAACGCUUCUCUAGAUCAGCUUUAGUGAUCUGCUGUUUGUUCCUCAGGCCAUAAAGAGGGUUCAUUCCCUCUGCCAUAAGGGCCUGCCUCACUGUUUAAGUAUCUCAUGUAUAUUUAGUUAUAUCUCUAUCACAGGCUUGGGGAAAAAAAUAAUAUUCACUUACUCCUAUAUUCCUGGCAUUUGAUUAGGAUGGAAAUAAGUUAAAUAAUUAAAGAAGUAAGUGUUCUGAUUAUGUGACUGCAAAAAUGUUCUCAGUGGCCAGUGAAUUUUUUUUUUUUAAUUUGGAUUUAGGGUUUGAAGAAGGAAAAAAAUCU